AUGGCAGCAUUGUCAGAUUUUGCUCCUUUGGCCAUUCUAAGUUUUGUUAUGGUGAUUGGAAUCAUUGUGCCUGGGGCUGAAGCAAGGCCAAGGGCAUUCUUUGUGUUUGGAGAUUCACUUGUUGAUAGUGGAAAUAACAAUUACUUGGCUACCACUGCACGUGCUGAUGCCCCUCCUUAUGGCAUUGAUUACCCUCCAACUCAUUCACCAACUGGUCGUUUCUCCAAUGGCUACAACAUUCCUGAUCUUAUCAGUCAGGAACUUGGUGCUGAGUCUACAUUGCCAUACUUGAGUCCAGAAUUAAGAGGAAAUAAGCUCCUGGUUGGUGCCAAUUUCGCUUCAGCUGGAAUUGGAAUCCUUAAUGACACUGGAAUUCAGUUUGUAAACGUAAUCAGAAUGUAUAGACAGUUUGAGUAUUUUAAAGAGUACCAAAACCGAGUGAGUGCUCUAAUUGGAGCUUCACAAACCAAGAGCUUGGUGAAUCAAGCUCUAGUCCUCAUCACUGUAGGAGGCAAUGAUUUUGUUAACAACUAUUUCUUGGUGCCCAAUUCAGCAAGGUCUCGCCAAUACCCACUACCACAAUAUGUGACGUAUCUCAUAUCUGAGUACCAAAAACUUUUGCAGAGGCUGUAUGAUCUUGGAGCUCGGAGAGUUCUUGUGACAGGCACAGGACCUUUGGGUUGUGUUCCUUCAGAAUUGGCUCAACGUGGCAGAAAUGGACAAUGUGCUCCAGAUCUGCAACAAGCUGCAGCACUGUUUAACCCACAACUGGAACAAAUGUUACUACAACUCAACAGGAAACUUGGAAGGGACGUUUUCAUUGCUGCAAACACAGGAAAAGCACACAAUGAUUUCAUCAGUAACCCCCAACAAUUUGGAUUUAAAACGUCACAAGUGGCUUGUUGUGGGCAAGGACCUUACAAUGGUCUUGGACUGUGCACACCACUCUCCAACCUAUGCCCCAAUAGAGGGCAGUAUGCAUUUUGGGAUGCAUUUCAUCCAUCCGAAAAGGCCAACAGACUUAUUGUGAAGGAAAUCAUGUCAGGUUCCAAAGCCUACAUGAACCCUAUGAACCUCAGCACCAUCUUAGCUUUGGAUGCUAUCACUGCAUGA